ACAGUGCAUUGUUAUUUGUAGGUUAAACAAUGGCGUCAAAACUGCCGAUAGUGAAAGCAAAGGCCGUUGAAGCUUCAAAGUUCUUGACCAAGAAUGGAUGUGCAUACUACAAGCAGAUGUUGGAGCAGAACAAACAAUACAUUCAAGAGCCACCUACUGUGGAGAAAUGCCAGCAUUUGGCGAAACAAGUGUUCUAUACUCGCUUAGCUAGUAUUCCUGGACGUUAUCAAGCAUUCUGGAAGGAACUUGAUGAUGUCAGGAACUUGUGGAAGCACAGACAGGAGCUGAAAAUUGAGGAUGCUGGCAUUGCUGCUCUUUUUGGGCUAGAAUGUUUUGCUUGGUUUUGUGCUGGGGAGAUUGUAGGUCGAGGGUUCACGAUUACUGGUUAUUAUGUCUAAAUCUCCCAAAUAUUAGGUUUCAAAGUAAUGACUUGUAUCACUGUCGAUAAAAGAUCAUCUUCAAUCUCUAACUUGUGCGGGAUAACACAUACCAACGAGAUACAGAUUUUCAAAUUUUGAUGUUUGGCAAGUACAAUUUACGUAGAGGAUGAGUUAGGAGCCAUAUGUUUGCUUCAAUAAAGCAGCUUUGAGCAUAUUGUUUUCAUGAUUACUGUUUCUUGUUACAUAAUUAAAUCC